AUCGCGGUGAGGGCAGAGGGCGCGCCGGCCGCCAUCGCGGUGAGGGCAGAGACUUGGUGAAACAAAAGCGGACGUGUUGGAAACAGCCGCAACCACUACAUUGGUGACCCCGACGGUCCAAACGGCUUUUGGACCCGCGAAAUGGACGACAGCGCAGCAGCCAAUGCAGUGGCCCUCAAGCUGCACACCACCACGGCCUACCAUCCUCAAUCAAAUGGGUUGGUGGAACGUUUUCACCGCCAUCUAAAAUCGGCCUUGAUGGCCCGCCUGAAGGGUCCUAACUGGGUUGACGAGCUGCCUUGGGUCCUGCUCGGCAUACGCACUGCCCCCAAAGAAGACCUCCGCACUUCGUCAGCUGAGCUUGUAUACGGGGCGCCACUAGUUGUCCCCGGGGAUUUCGUACCUGCCCUUCAGGACCAAGGGGAACAACCCCCAGCAGUUCUACAAAGACUGCGCGAGAAGCUCAGCGCCUUGGCCCCGAUUCCCACCUCAUGGCACGGUCAAGCCCCAUCCUGCCAGCCCAAGGAACUACGGGACUGUAAGUUUGUUUUCGUUCGCAGGGGCACACCUCGGGCGCCAUUGCAACGACCAUAUGAGGGGCCGUUCCGAGUCAUACGGAAUAACGGAUCCACUUUUAUUUUGGACAUUGGAGGCAGGGAACAGGUUUUCACGGUGGACGGCCUCAAACCGGCCCAUUUGGAUCUGCAACAGCCUGUCGAGGUUGCCACGCCACGACGCAGAGGCCGCCCCCCUAAGCGGCAGCUGGCACAGCCCACGGACCUUGGGGACUGUCUCGCCGGUUCUGGGGGGGGGGGUGUUGUGUGGCGACUCACCGUCUAGUCGGGCGAACCGGCUCGGCAGUCGGGUCGCGCGGCGUCGGAGCGACGAGGCCCAAGAUGGCGGCGGGCCUCGUCUUUCCGAGCGACGGGGAGAACCCGUGCGCGGGAAAGUCCUGAUGACGUAGGACUUACGUCAUUGCUGGUUUUUUUUGGGCGGGAGUUUUUCUCCCUUAAAGGGCCCGCACAAGGCGGGAAAAUAAACCAGUUCUGUUUGGCAAUCCUCCGAGUAGAGUCUUGUUUUA